AUGCAUGAUGUUGGACUCAGCUAUGAAUGCAGUUUGACUUGUGAAAACGGUGGUACAGCAAACAAAAUGUGUAAUGGGUGUAAAUGUACUGGACACUGGACUGGACCUAAUUGUGAGGAUGGGGGCGAUGGGCGAUCUUUUGGUCCUCUUCUGGUAUUCAUCAUAGUCUGUCUUCUCUUCCUCCUGUUGAUCAUCAUCACCAUCGUCUUAUGUUGGAGACGAUGUCGACGACGACCUGAACCUGUGGACAAAACCUUGGUUCCAGAAAUGAUAGAACCGCCUGCAAUCGGCCUGUCCAAUCUGUCAUUUGAUGUUUCAAGAAGCAAACGACGAGCAUCUAGGUCAUCUUCCAGGGAAGGGCGGAGACCCAGCACUUCAAAGAGAGGGAGUAUAGAUAAUUCAAAACCGGAGUCUUUGAAAGCCUGA